AUGGCCCUCGCCGUGAAAGGACCGAUCCACUUCGGUCCCUUCGUCGUCACAUCCCAGGUCUUCCACUUAACCCCCCUCUCCUUCGCCCUCGUCAACCUCAAACCCAUCCUCCCAGGCCACGUCCUCGUCUCCCCGCGCCGCGUCGUCCCCCGCGUCUCCGACCUCACCCCCUCCGAAACAACAGACCUCUUCCUGACCGUCCGCCGUGUAGGCCGAAUGGUCGAGCGCGUCUACGGCGCAAGUAGUCUCAACAUUGCCGUGCAGGACGGCGUAGAGGCGGGACAGAGCGUGCCUCAUGUGCAUGCGCAUAUCAUCCCGAGGAAGAAGGCGGAUUUAGAUGCUCGGGGAGGGACGGAUGCGGUUUAUGAUAUGUUAGAUGGGGAGGAGGGGGAUUUGGGGAAGCAGUAUCGGCAGCGGAGAACGAGGUUUCCGGCGGUUGAUAAUGAGGAGAGGAGGCCGAGGAGUAUGGAGGAUAUGGAGGCUGAGGCGAGGAUGUUGGCGAAGGAGAUGGAGGGGGAGGCGGUGGAUUGA